AAUUCAGUCCAAAAGAGCAGGUACCUGUAGGGUAUGUGGAGAAUGUCUCUAUGUCUAAAAAUUCCAGCGCGUGCAUCUGCUGAACUCUUCUGGGCUAAGCCCCGGAUGUGUCAAAAUCCUAGAGAGAGCCUCUGGUGAAAGCCAAUAAAAAAGGGGCAGAAUUUCAGGCCUGAGUCAGGGUUUGUAUUCCAGCAUUAAUUCUUCAUAAUAUGACAUAACUCCCCUUUUUUCAGAGGGUUCAAAGGGGAAAAUGUCCUCUGGGCCCAUGAUUGGUUGUGCCGUUGUGUCAGGUGAGUGGGUUUUAAGGGAGGACCCAAAUGCAGGACAGAAUGCGAUGAAGCUAGGGUUAACACAAAAGGAUAUUUAAUGAAAAGGAACUAAAAUUCAAAACUCCAAAUUACAAAUUACUCCAAAUUACAAAAAUCACAAGAAACAAACAAACAAACAAAAAAAAAAUAGAAAACUACAACAUGGAGACAAAAAGCAUGGCAUGGGUGAUGGAAACAAUGAGAUAAAAAAAAAAUGACACACCAGGGAACAAACAAAGGGAAAGGCAGAGCUAUACAAGAAGGCCGAGGGAUGAUGAGACACAGAUGAAACUAAAGACGGUGGAGCACACAAGUAAAAACCAAUAAGCAAUCAAAGGAAAACACUCGGCAUAACACCAACAGAAAACCAAGACACGAAAUAAAACAGGAAACUCAAAACAUGGAAGCCAGACAGAAUCAUGUCUAAGAUCCAGGUUCUUCUUAUUGAUUUCUUGGAUAAACUGCGCUGGGUGUCCCACAGUGUGUGUCCAGAGAUGGAGGAGGGCAUCCAUCCAUCCAUCCAUCCAUCCAUCCAUCCAUCCAUCUAUCUAUCUAUCUAUCUAUCUAUCUAUCUAUCUAUCUAUCUAUCUAUCUAUCUAUCUAUCUAUCUAUCUAUCUAUCUAUCAUUUGUUUCCUUAUUUAUUUAUUUCUUACUUUUUUUAACCUAAGUUGGGUCGAACUGUGUCACCCUAUGGCAGUGAAGUCAAACUCAUUUUAAUUCAUUUCAUGCGAAUGUGGUUUGGAAGAAACAAACCCUCCAACACGCGCUCUAAACUUUCAUAUCCUCAGAGACCUCUUAACCAGACUGAACAGACUGAACCAGUGACAGAGCUCAACACCAUAGAUCAAAUGUAUGUCUAUGCAGGACCAUCGGUUUAUCCUGGCGGGUGGAACAUAUCUGAAAAUAUUUACAAUAAUGAAGAUGUGGUUCAAACUUUGGAGGCAAACAGGAGUGGAGCUGCUGUCUCAGGUGCUGGAUCGGUAAAGAAGAUCUCUUACAGAGUUGUUGCAGUGUUUCUUGGUCUGCUGUGUCUUCUCCUGGCUGGAUUCAUAGUGAUGGCAUUAUUUUUCAUCCAAGGCAAUUCUCAGCUGCAUAUGAAGAUGGACCUGUUACAGACCAGGUACGACAACCUGACCAGAGAGAAAGCUGAACUGCAGAGGACAUUUGAUGACAUGAACAAACAGAGAACUCUUCAAGGCUGUCAACAACCAUGGGUGUGGUUUGGUGGUAGUUGCUACUACAUUUUUCCAAGCACAAAGUCCUGGCAAGAAAGUAGAAAUGACUGUCAGCAGAGAGGAGCAGACCUGACCAUCAUCAACAGUCCAGAAGAACAGGAAUUUUUAAUACAGUUCAAAACGUCCACAUGGAUCGGACUGACUGACAGAGAGAGAGAAGGCACAUGGAAAUGGGUGGAUGGGACUCCACUGACCACAAGGUACUGGGCCCCUGGUGAGCCAAAUGGUUUCCUAUACAGAGAUGAAGACUGUGCAGAAAUAACCAUCCACCAAUCACAGGAAUCACGAAACAGAUGGAAUGAUCACUCCUGUGACGAUAAAAAAUCGUGGAUCUGCGAGAAGAAACUGACUACAUAAAUCAGCAUCCAGACAGAUAAGUUAAUGAUAGAACAGACAGGAAGUUCAUCUUCUCAACUGCAAUUGCUAAUACAAUCAUUAAUCAUAUAGGGCAUAGACACAUAUUCAUCUUCACUCACUGUUUUUAACACUGAAAAUUGCUAUGCAUUAUUUUUUAGAUUCAUCUGAACUUAGUCCAUUAUAACUUUAUUCUUCAUCAGUUUUACAAGGAAAUCUAGAUUCUUCGUUAUCCUGUGAAAUCAGCUACAGGCAGGCUUGACAACAGCAAGCUGUUCAGCUGUCUUUGGGUAGUAGCAGCUGAAGUGUAACAAGAUGUCACAAAAAUAGAUUUCCCUGUUUUUCCCCCCAAAGGUGGUCAGCAGUCAAAGAGGUAAUGGGAAUAGAAUUUAUGUAAAAAUGUAUAAAGAGUGUUGCAGCUGGAACUACUAAAGGGAAGUAGCUAACAUUAGCUAGCAGCUAGUUGAUAUUACAUAGGAAAAAACGAUCUGUUAUUAUUAGCAUCUGUCUGUAAAUCUAACUGUAGUGUGUGAGAAUUGUGUACCUAAAAAUAAUUAAGCUUCUUUUAGAGGGGAAAGUAGCUAAAGUUAAUGUUAGGCUAUAACGUCGAACCGUCUUGUUGAUUUUCUUUUUCAUGCAUGAUAGCAGCUAAAUAAAGUAAAACAAUGUAAAUACUGUACAUGACAAGAUGCAUGGUUCAUUAAACAUCUCAGUGUUUACUGUU